UCCUCACUUUUCCCGUUUCUUCAUCCCAUAGCUUGUUUUUAUAAAUUGUUUUUUUAAUUUAUUUGAUAAUAUAGCGUUCACAAAACGUCUGUAUUAAUCAUGACCCCGGACGUAAAUGGGGGGGGGGAGGUUUUUGUAGGGGGAAGAAAUUUGGCGUGACAGAACCCAUAGUUGUACCGCGGACAUUUUGUUUACUUUUACCGCUUCCUAUUUAAAUUUUUGUAUUUGAAAUCCAACCUCAUGUAUCGGCUCAUUCCCUCCUCAGUUUUAUAUACUUUAAAGGGUGUUCUGCUCGGGUUUAUAAAAGCAUUCAAUCAUGCCAAAUUUACAGCUGGCUAACCCGGAUAUGACGUCACCACACCCGUGCCGGCCCAGUUCCUGCAAGAAGCAGACAUGGCGAGCAGCGUGCUUGGCAAGAUGGAGAAGAUGUGCUCUCACCUCCCCGUGCUGCUCAACACCUUCCUGGUCUUCUCCAUCACCGGGGAGGUCAGCUACCUGGUGCUGCUGGAGGACGCCCAGAGGUGGUCCUCGCUCUGGAAGUCCAUGCACCUGUUGGCCCAGGUCUUCAUGCUGGGGAACAUCUGCUGGAACGCCCUGCUCUUCGUCAGGACCACCCCCAGCAUCAAGGGGGUCUUCCUGGGAGGGGAUCACCUGGGGCAGGGAUGGAAGUACUGCUACACCUGCGAGACGCACACUCCUCCCCGCUGCUCCCACUGCUACGACUGCAAGGUGUGCGUGCUGCGGCGGGACCACCACUGCGUCUUCUUCGGCCGCUGCGUGGGCUUCCGCAACUACCGCUACUUCCUGACUUGCCUGCUCUACAUGUGGUCGGGGCUCUUGUACGCCACCUGGAUGAACGGCGAGGUCUUCAUCCUCAUCCUUAAGGAGGGAGUGACGGUGCACAGCAUCCUGCUGCUGCUCAUACCCUGGCUCAUGCUGCUGUCAGGCCAGGUGUCCGCACGGGCCUUCUCUUUCGCCUUCAUCGCCGACACCUGUGUGGUGGGCCUCCUGCUGGUCUCCGCCUUCUUCUUCUUCCAUCUCUUCCUGCUUGUUCGGGGACAAACCACCAGGGAGUGGUACUCGUCCCGCAGGCCCUACGACCUGGGACUCCUGGGCAACUUGCGUCACACAUUAGGCCGUCGCUGGUACCUUGGCUGGCUUUGCCCGCUCAUCUCAUCGCCACUACCGGGGGAUGGGACACACUUCCAGGUGACGGGGUCACUGGAACCCCCCCGCCAUUAAGACUCAUGCCAGGCCGGGAUGGGAUACACUUCCAGGUGAUUGGGUCACUGGAACCCCCCCCGCCAUUAAGACUGAGGCUUGUAUUUUGCUGUGGACUGAACAAGACUUUGCCUGCACUAGAAGAAUGUUCCUCCAGAAACAUAAAGUGUUUCUUUGGAAUUCUGAGAACUUUGACCUUGUCAUCCAUCUUUAAAGGCCUACUGACACCCACUACUACCGACCACGCAGUCUGAUAGUUUAUAUACAAACCCCGUUUUCAUACGAGUUGGGAAAUUGUGUUAGAUGUAAAUAUAAACGGAAUUCAAUGAUUUGCAAAUAAUUUUCAACCCAUAUUCCACAUCGUCCGCUACUUCCGGCACAGGCAAGGCUUUUUUAUUAGCGACCAAAAGUUGCGAACUUUAUCGUCGAUGUUCUCUACUAAAUCCUUUCAGCAUGGCGAAAUGAUCAAGUAUGACACAUAGAAUGGACCUGCUAUCCCCGUUUAAAUAAGAAAAUCUCAUUUCAGUAGGCCUUUAAUCUGCAUUUCACUGAUCAUGAUGAUGAAGGCUUCUUAGCUGUCACAAAUAGACAGCAGGACAUUAAGUCCACCAUUUGAAUAGUGUUUGUGUGUGUGUGAUUAAUGACCAGUGUCACCAUCUUUCCUGCACCACCGGUUGCCUUAUUAGAUACCAUUUUGUUGAAUGUUGGUAAGUAUUGUUUUCCAUCACAACCAAAGCUAUUUUCUCAGUAUUGUUUAUAUGUCUUGCUUUGGUUUUGGAAGAUGUUUUUUUUUUUUUUUUUUUUAAACCUGAAAUACAAUUUGUGUUGACAGUUUAAUUUGUACUCUGUGUUUCUGGCUUUCUAGCCACUUCAAUCCAUGUUGAACAUCUAUUUUGAAUGAUUUUCUAACAGCUUUACUGUACUUCACUGUACUUUACUGUACAUCAGGGGUUUCCAAAGUGCGGCCCGCAGCUAAUCGUUUACCGGCCCGCCACACAUUCUGCAAAAAUUGCUAAAUUGAUAGUAUUGCAAAAAUAAAAACAUUUAAAAAAAAAGUGGAAUGAGGUGAAGCCGCUGCUCCUUCACAUCGAGAGGAGGCAGAUGAGGUGGUUCGGGCAUCUGGUCAGGAUGCCACCCGAACGCCUCCCUAGGGAGGUGCUUAGGGCAUGUCCAACCGGUAGGAGGUCACGGGGAAGACCCAGGACACGUUGGGAAGACUAUGUCUCCCGGCUGGCCUGGGAACGCCUCGGGAUCCCCCGGGAAGAGCUAGACGAAGUGGCUGGGGAGAGGGAAGUCUGGGUUUCCCUGCUUAGGCUGUUGCCCCCGCGACCCGACCUCGGAUAAGCGGAAGAAGAUGGAUGGAUGGAUGGAUGGAAUGAGGUGAAAUCUAAUGGGGAAAAAGUGGCAAUGUUGACACAAAGCUGCC